GCGCUGUUGCAGCAGAGGAGGCAGUUGACAUGAGCGUGACGGCUAUAGCUAGUGAGCCCCACCAGCACGCGGCUAGUAAGUAGAGCAGGGUUUAGAAAACCAGACGAAGCUUUGCUAGCUAAACGGACGAAGUGUACUAGAGCUCAAAUAAUUCUUUCAGUUAACGAGAUGAGACUGCCAAACGCCGCUCACAACUGAUAUUUUCACCUUUUUCUUAUUGGUGACCUUCAUUACUGGGAAUACUGGGCGUUUUAAGAAGACGUUACCAGUGGAUAAAGGCUGGAAACUGUAAAGGCAGAUCCAAAUGGAUAAAAAUACACGAAAAGUUCGGAAUCAAGACAUUAACCCAUGCAUUGAGGAAAGCGAUGGGUCCCAGAAGUGUUUGGAUGCCAACAACUAUGAUAAGAAUAUGUGCUCUGCAUAUUUCCAAAGAUACAAGAACUGUAGGAAAUAUUGGCACAACAUCAUGUUGGAGAGGAGAAGAGAUGGUGUGAAGCCAGACAUGCCCACUGCUUCAGAGAGACAGAAGAUCCUUGCUGCAAUCGGAGGGAAGCCAUACUGAAGAGUCAGCAAUGGCCAAACAAACUUAAAAAUUGAGAGCUUUUGGUGUUUUUUUUUUUUUUUGUGAAAUCUCACACUGUUUAAGUUUUUGGUCUGCUUCUGUGGCAACACAGUUGUUGCCAUUCCUAAACCACAGAACUGGCAACUGGCUGUGUAAAGCAAAUGUUUCCCCUGGGUCUGUUUUCCAGCAAAGAGACUGUUUUACUCCACCCGAGUUUAAGUCAUCAAAACCCAAUGGUGCUGCUGAUUUUAGUAAAACUAAUGUGGGCGACUUCAUUAUGUUGAUGGAAAACUGGUGUGAAGAAAGUUUGAAGUCUCUGAAAGUUAAUUUUCAUAUCAUAGUGGAAUAAAUAUAAACCAACAACUGGAUAAAAGGGAGGAAAAAUGAUAUUUGAGUUCUAACAUACGACUGCUUACUUUGGGGAAAAAAAAGAAAUGUCAAGUAUAUGAAUUUUGUAGAUAUUACACUUGACUUGCCAAAACACUGGUAUGGUUCUUUAAAAUCCUACUACGUGUGUACAAAAAAAAACAAAAACAAAAAAAAAACAUGCAGAUUUGUGGUUCGCAAAAAUUGGAUACUUCUGUGAAUGAUGUGACAUGUUAUGACAUUGCUCCACAAAAACUGAUUAAAAAUUAAAGAAAAAAAUGACAAAGUGAGCAGGUUGUUUAACACCAUGAAUUUCAGCCCAUCCAUGGUGAUGGCACAGCUUGUAAUGGGUGUCUCUCAGUGUCAUUUCUGAUUGAACAUCACUCAGAAACAAAGUCCUUGAGGUCUUGCUUGAUAUUGAUUGAUUGAUUGUUUAUUAAGAUCCCUAUUAACUGCUGAAAAGAUCAGCAGCUACUCUUCCUGGGGGUUCCUGGGAUAUUGAUCUUUAACUGAAGCAGACAUUGAGAAAACUAAGCACUCUGUCUUUGAUUGAAUCAAAACAAUUACUUAUUAUUUGAGCAAGGCGCCUAGCAGACUAACAUGCAUCAAUGUGUUGGUCCAUGCAUUUUCUCCGUGGUUGUCUGCAUCACUUAAAGAUCAAUAUCAAGUAAGACUAAUAGGAUUUUGUUUCUAAAUGGACUUUUACCUGCCCCACUAAAGAGCACCUGUCAUAUGAGCCACUAGACCCAUGUAGCGCAUCCUUCUCCCUUUGUAAUUAGUAGAACUUCAGUGAGGUUUGAUAAGGACAAAACAUACAGCACAUCAACAUCAACUGCUUAUGGUGUGCAACCCAAUAAAAAAGUGAAAGAUA